AUGAUUUUAUUAGAAAUAAAUAAUAAAAUUGUUGAAGAUACGUUAACGUUAAAAAUAAAAAAUGCUCUCGCUGGACAUAAACCGGAGUCAAUUGAUAUAACGAUAGCAGAUUUUGAUGGUGUUUUAUUUCAUAUAUCAAACGUUGGAGGAGAUAAAACUAAAAUAAGGACGAGUAUAUCGUUAAAAUUUUACAAACAACUUCAAGAACAUGGUGCGGAUGAAUUAUUAAAAAGAGAAUAUGGUCCCUAUUUAAUUGAACCUGAAAAUGGUUUUAACGUAUCACUGCUUAUCGAUUUAGAAAAUAUACCUAAAGACUGGGAAAAUUUAAUUAAAAAAUUUGGCUUGUUAAAAAGAAAUUGUUUCGCAUCUGUUUUUGAAAAAUAUUUCGAUUUUCAAGCGAAAGGCGAAGAUGGACAUAAAAGAGCUGUCAUUAAUUACAGAGCAGAUGAAACGCUGUAUGUCGAAGCCAAAGCAGAUAGAGUUACAGUAGUUUUUAGCACGGUUUUUAAAGAUGUAGACGAUAUUGUUGUUGGAAAAGUAUUUAUGCAAGAAUUUAAAGAGGGAAGGAGAGCAAGUCACACUGCUCCUCAGGUUUUAUUUAGCCACAAGGAACCACCUUUAGAACUUAUAAAUACAGAUGCUAAAGUUGGAGAAAAUAUCGGUUAUAUUACAUUUGUUUUGUUUCCGAGACACACAAACCCUCAAACGAGGGACAACACGAUAAAUUUAAUACACAUGUUUAGAGAUUAUCUUCACUAUCAUAUAAAGUGCUCAAAAGCUUAUAUUCAUUCAAGAAUGAGAGCCAAAACAUCUGAUUUUUUAAAAGUGCUCAAUCGUGCUAGACCAGAACCAAAAACAGUUGAAAAGAAAACAAUAACGGGGCGAACAUUUAUCAGGAAGGAAUGA